UGUAUCAGCUGCGCCGGCGGCCGUUGUCCUCUGCAUCGCUCCUCUUCGUCUUCAUCCGUAACUUACGCUUUCUUGAUGCGCAAGUUGGCAUUGGAUCUCGAGCGUGGGAUUCCUGGCUGCGGUGCUCUUGGUUCUCUCCAGCUGCUGGUACACUGGUUCUGCAGGCUGCAGCACGCUUCACGUUGCUGCUCCUGCUCUUGGAGGGGUCUUCGUUUUUGCCUUCAUACCUCCUGCGAGGUGCUGGUGUGUAAGGAAAUGACCGAGGAAAAAUUCCCAACUUUCAAUAAGUAUUCUGACAAGGCUCCAAGUGAUAAAUUUGCCUUUCAUGAAGUGAAUUUGAUCUUGAGUACAGAAAGACUGUCAAAUCAGUCAAAGUUGUUCCGCAUAGAUCAAAGAAUUAAAGGGUACCUUUAUGGUCAGCAAGUCGUCCCCAUAUCAUCUGCUGCAAAAUUCAAACCAGAGAAAAGGGUAUCUUUGAUAUUGUGAGUUUCGUUUUUGGUUUGCAAUUUUGCAAGUAGUUUGGCAUGUUUAUGAACCAGGACACUUAUGAGAUCAGCAUAUUACCUUUGCUGGCAGUCUAAUUCUUUUCCAGCUUACACUUUUUGUCCAGUUUUCCUUUACUUUAGAUUAUGUUUCAGAUUAGAUUGAGGGCUUACUUGGAAGACGCUGAAACCUUUCAGGAUUCCUUUGCGAUGUAGGAUUUUCCUGGUCGCAUUCACCAAUCCACAUUGCAGAUGCUAACCUGAAGAAUUAGGCAUCCUGCUUCUGCAGCCAUGUGGUCAUGCUUUGCUGAUCCACAUUACAGAUGCUAAUUUGGAGGCGUCACAAACUUGCAUUGCAUCAGUACUUUGAUUGUUGUGAAACAGCUUAGGUAUUUUGCUGUUAAGAUGUUAUCCCUCUUCGAACAUCUCUACUUUUCAUGUUAAUUUGGUGGAGUUGUCCGAUACAUCUGUCUGGAAGAAUGGAGUAGAAGUUGCAUACCAUUGCCCAAAUAGUUCACAGCACCAUGUUUAUGGUAUAUGUUCGGUCUAGCUUCCUGUAUCGAGCUUCAU